GGAAAGAAAUAAUUAAGGGAAGGGAAACACGGAGAUAGGAUAAUCCGUCAUCUGUGGUGUCGUUACUGAGCAAUGAGCGAACGGUAUAUACAUACCUCUUCCCUUUGAGAUUUCCACUCUUACCGCCACCCAACAGUCCACAUUUAUCCUCUUCUUAUCCAAAUAUUCUCCCUUCUCUCUCACACAUUUUAUCCAUUAUUACUACCUUAUAUUUCUCCAUUUCUCUUCUCUUCCCUUCUCUUAGAUGCGCUGUAGCAUCUUCCCACCACAAUAAUAGAUUCCCCCAGUAACCAUUCUCCGCCUUUCACGUCCUUUUCUAUCUUAUCAACAAAAUAUCUUGCGCUCAUAUUUUCUCCUCCUUAAUUUAAUAUCUUCCUUCUUGAACUUUCUGGUUAAUCCAAUUCUUGGUAUGGUGUUAGCUGAGGCAUUUAUGCAGAUUCUUGAAAGACCAACAAUAGGUGCAGUAUUUGUUGAGAUUAUCAUGUUUCUUGGUCCUGUUUGGAUUGCAUUUCUUUUUGGUAUUAUAGUUGGAUGGAUUUGGAAACCAAAAUGGGCUACCUGGAAGAAUUGUAAAUUCGAUUUUUCAGCUCCUUCUUCCCCUACUGCUGCUUUGGUUCCUUCUUCUACGUCUAAUGGUUUGGAACUAAAUCAAUCCCACAAAUUUCAUUCCUCUAAGGGUCAUACACCUAGCUUUGGUUCUUAUGCGGAUGCUGGCUCAGAAAUUGAACAAUUCGACAGUGGUCCGUCGCAGUUGUAUCCUUUACCAAUAACAGAUGAAGAUUUAGAUCAUUUAUGGCAUCUUGUUGAGAGGAAGGACGGAGGCCCUCCAUGGAAACACGUGAUGGAUCGUUCUGCACCUAAUAUGAGCUAUCAAGCGUGGCAGCGUGAUCCAGAGAAUGGUCCCCCUCAAUAUUGCAGCCGAACCGUGUAUGAGGACGCAUCACCUGAAUUACUGAGGGACUUCUUUUGGGAUGAUGAGUUCCGGGUGAAGUGGGAUGACAUGAUUGUGCAUGCUGAAACAAUAGAAGAGUGCCCCACAACAGGAACAAUGGUAGUGCAUUGGGUUCGAAAAUUCCCAUUUUUCUGCAGCGACAGAGAAUAUAUAUUUGGUCGUCGAAUAUGGGAGUCAGGAAGGUCAUAUUAUUGUGUUACAAAGGCAGUGCCAUGUUCUACUAUUCCCAGGAAGGACAAACCAAGACGUGUUGAUGUGUAUUAUUCAAGUUGGUUUAUUCAAGCAGUGGAAUCGAGGAAAGGAAAUGGCCAGCUGACAGCAUGCGAGGUGCUUCUCUUCCAUCACGAAGAUAUGGGUAUCCCAUGGGAAAUUGCAAAAUUUGGGGUAAGGCAGGGUAUGUGGGGGACUGUAAGGAAGAUUGAGCGUGGACUCCGUUCCUACCAGAAAUCAAGAGCAUCUAACACCAAGAUCUCACAUUGUGCUCUUAUGGCCCAAGUAAAUACGAAAGUUGAUCCAGAAUGCUUGAAGUCAAUGGAUGGGGAUGAAGAAUCAUCAGGGACUCAAGUACAGGUUGCACCUGGAAAAUCUGAGGGCAAUAUAAACAUACCAAAGCUACUUAUCAUUGGCGGAGCUUUACUUGUUGCUUGUACCCUUGACCGAGGAAUCAUACCCAAGGCACUUUUGUUUAAUGUAGCAAGGAAGUUAGGAAAUAUAGGGAAAAGAGCAACUCCAAGGGCAUGACCGAUAAUUUCAUUUGUACAAUAUAAUUUUGUUGUACAUAACCUAUUUUUUAUCCUUUUAGCGUAGUGUUAGUGAUCGAGACAAACAAUGGCUUUUACAUUUAAUACAAGCAGAGUAGUAUUGAUCAA